AUGGCGCAGAACUACAAGAGCUCCGACAUGCGCGCUGGGAGCAAGGAGAGUUUCUCCAAACACGCUGAAGAUACCACAGUCACUCAUGCAGAAGCCCUGACCGAAGACGCCAAACAUGCUUCCGACUCAGAGCAUACGAUGGGUCUUUUCAAGGCCAUCAAGCUAUACCCAAAAGCGAUCGGGUGGUCGGUCCUCCUGUCGUCGACUCUGAUCAUGGAAGGUUACGAUCUCGCCUUACUCGGCAGUCUCUACGCUUCUCCAGAAUUCAACAAGAAAUACGGCACAUACAGCGAGGAAAGUGAGAAAUGGGUAGUGUCAGCGGCAUGGCAGUCGGGAUUGUCGAACGGUGCCCGAGCCGGGGAGAUCUUUGGGCUUAUCCUGGCCGGUUGGGCAUCGGAUAAAUAUGGAUAUAAGAUGACGACCAUCGGUUCUCUUCUUCUGAUGAUUUGCUUCAUCUUUAUACUGUUCUUUGCCCCUAACCUGAAGGUCUUGGUCGUUGGAGAAAUCCUUUGCGGGAUGCCCUGGGGCGCCUUUCAAUCUGUGACGCCCGCUUAUGCUUCAGAAGUUGCUCCAACUGUCUUACGACCCUACCUCACAACGUUCAUCAACAUGUGUUGGGUUAUAGGUCAAUUCUUCGCAGCGGCAGUCAAUCGAAGCUCGGUUAAUCGACCAGAUCAAUGGGCGUAUCGCAUUCCCUUCGGAGUGCAGUGGGUCUGGCCGAUUCCCAUUCUUGCUGGUGUCGUCUUUGCUCCCGAGUCACCCUGGUGGCAUGUCCGCCAUGGAAACCGAGCGGCGGCAAAGAAGUCCUUACUCCGACUGACUUCUCGCAAUGAGCCACACUUCAAUCCCGACGAGACCAUUGCCUUGAUCGAGCAUACAAAUGAACUGGAAAAGUCCUUGAAAGAGGGAGUAACAUACCGUGACUGCUUCAAGGGUAUUGACUUGCGAAGGACGGAAGUUGUCGUCGGCAUCUGGCUCGUCCAGACCCUAGGAGGCCAGAAUUUGAUGGGCUAUUUCUCCUAUUUCCUUGUGCAAGCCGGCAUGGAUCCCACAAAUUCAUUCUCACUGUCCAUGGGACAAUACGCUCUCGGAAUGGUCGGAACGGCGGGAUCCUGGUUUUUGAUGAGCAAAGUCGGCCGAAGGAAGAUUCAUUUUAGUGGUCUUUGUGCUCAACUGACGCUGUUGAUUAUUGUGGGCUCGCUAUCAUUCGCCGAGUCGAACAGUGCCACAUGGGCAAUCGGUGCGAUGUUGAUUAUCUUCACUUUUGUUUAUGACUUCGCCGUCGGACCGGUCACUUAUUCUCUGGUCUCCGAACUCUCUUCAACGCGGCUGAAGGCGAAGACAAUCGUACUGGCAAGAGCGGCUUACAACGCCAGCAAUAUAUUCGUCAAUGUCAUGACAAACUAUCAACUGAGCUCAACCGCAUGGAACUGGGGUGCACGUGCGGCAUUUUUCUGGGCCGGGAGCUGCCUUCUGUCUGCCACGUGGGUUUUCUUUCGUCUUCCUGAACCAAAGGGUCGCACCUAUGCCGAACUCGACCUUCUUUUUGAUCAAAGAGUCGCUGCCCGCAAAUUUGCAAUAACCAAAAUUGACCCGUACUCGGACUCCGUGGUUAGUGAAAAGCAGUGA